CCCCCCCCCUCUUUUCCUUCAAUCACACCAAAACCUGCCAUCAUCAAAUUCAAUCUUAUUUGUGUCCAUUGUGCUGCUGCAGGUUUCUAGGGUCCUGACGGGUUAGCCCCUGUUGCCAAAUUUCUUGGGUUUAUUUGCUUCUUCGUCGGUGAUGGCUGCAAAAGUUCUUGCGAAUGUGCUCGUAAUGGGCUCGGCAAUAGUGGGCAGGGCUGUGCUCCGUGCAUACCAGCAGGCAAUCUCAAAUGCCUCAAAGAAUGGUGUUGCUAACGAAGCAGUAAAGAAUAUUAGGAGAGCUAGCAAAAUAAUGGCUGAACCAGAGGCAAGGCAGGUUCUAGGUGUCACGGAGCGUGCAUCAUGGGAGGAGAUCUUGCAGAGGUAUGACAGCUUGUUCGAGCGGAAUGCCAAAAAUGGAAGUUUUUAUCUUCAGUCAAAGGUCCAUAGAGCUAAAGAAGUCUUAGAAGGCGCUUAUGCAAAGAAGGCUCAACGGACUCCUGAUGCAUAACUUGUAGGCUCACAGUGUUUUUCGCUCCCAUUACAUUAUUCUCGGCAUUCAAUGUUAGGGCCGCUGCAGCAUUCUUUUGAUCUCCACACGGUAUGAAAAAUUGAUGGUUACCUGCUUAUUGCGGUCUUAUUCUAAAUCAAGUUACUGUAUUCCUAUUGUAUAUGCUAUUAAACCUCUGAGGUUUCGCCACCUAAAUAUAACUCUUCAAUGUUCUCCGGAUCCUUUGGUUCGUGAUUUUUA